AUGAAAUCUACUCUACUUUUUCUGGCAGUGGCCAUUUCAACACAAGCAGCAUCCUUUGAGAACGAAACAUCUAUGGAGUUCCACGAAAGGCAAACCAGAUUGAUUUCACAUUUAUUUAGCGGAUACAGAAAAGAUGUGCCGCCAAUCAGCACUAGAGGCCGUUAUUCGUCAGUCACCAUAAAUCCCAUGGUUGUGAACAUCACAUUAGCGUAUGCAAAGCUGCUAUCUGUCAAUGAGCCUAAUCAGUUGGUUGAUAUGAUUGUCGAAUACAACCUGGCAAGUUUGUUUUAUCGGUAUAACUUAACUCUGAAAAAUAAAUGGAACGAUGCGCGGCUCACAUGGAACCCGGCCGAUUUUGAUGAAAUCAAGGGGUUCCUAAUCAACAGAGAACUUAUUUGGAGAGUAGAUCUCAUGCCAUACGAUAGUAGUUCCGUGGUUGACAUAAGAGAUCCUGACGUUCAACACGCUUAUGUGAACAGCAAUGGUGACAUAGAAUUUUAUGUGGCUAGUGUCGUUUCAUACUCAUGUCCUCUAAACGUCAAAGCUUUUCCAUUCGAUAAGCAAGUGUGUGAAGUAAAUUUUGCGUCUUACAAUUUUGGAUCUAGCGAACUUCAAAUCAACGCUGACAUAUUGAAAAACUACAACGGAAUUGGCGCUUUCAUUAAAUGCGCAUUUAUUGCUCAAGAUCACUAUCACUCAAACUAG